AUGGCCAGUCCUGCUGCAACCCCGCCGUCCGCCGACGUGCGACUGGCGCUCCUGCGUCCCCAGGGCGCUCUGGACGAGCUCAAGCGUAAAAUUUCAGUCCAGAGCAAGAAGAACUUUGCCUUGGAGCGGGACGUGCGUUACUUGGAUUCACGCAUCGCUUUGCUCAUCAAUCAUCGCGUUUCCGUCGAUGAGCUUGCCGACCAUCUCGAAGACUCGGAUCACACCAUCGCGACCGGCUCCAUCAAGGACGAACGCGCACGCCAAAACUACUCGAAUCUCUUCUUUUUGCUGCAAACCAAACCAGUGUACAUUGCGCGGCUCGCACGUCUGCUGUCGCUGGCGGAUAUUGAUGGCCUGCUCCAGACUGUCAUGUUCACGUUGUACGGCAACCAGUACGAGUCUCGUGAGGAGAAUCUGCUUCUUUCCAUGUUUGAGGAAGCAAUCGACAUGGGAUCAUUGAUGCGCGCAAACACGGCCGUCUCUCGCAUGAUGACAACGUACACGCGCCGCGUCCCUGGCCAAGAGUACCUCAAGUUGGCGCUGGCCGACCAGCUCAAGCGUCUCAUGUCCACCAAGGACUUGAAUCUCGAGAUUGAGCCCUCCAAGAUUUACGAGCAAAUGUUGAACGACGAUGAAGCGUCGACCGGCGAGACCACCACCAUGCAACGCGGCUUGACCAACGAGCAGGCGCUCGCAAUUCCCCGCGUGCAGCGGAUACUCGAGCAGCGCGUGUCUGACUUGAAGCGCAUCACGCUCGAAAUUGUCACUGCCAUCACCUCCUCCGUCGACGUGGUUCCGUACGGCAUUCGGUGGCUCUGCCGAAAGAUUCGCCAGAUGAUGAAGCAACACUACCCCGAGUCAACUCCCGAGAACGCCGCCUCUUUGAUUGGUGGAUUCUUCUUGCUGCGUUUCAUCAAUCCGGCAAUUGUCACGCCGACUGCUUACAUGCUGCUGACCGACAAGCCCUCGUCCGUGGCCAGUCGCAACCUGACGCUGGUCGCCAAGGUUUUGCAAAACCUCGCCAACAAGCCCAACUUUCAGAAAGAGCCGUACAUGCUGCCUUUGAGCGAGUUCACGACAGAGUACCAACCCAAACUGCAACAAUUCUUGUUCAAGCUGUGCGAGGUCGACGACUUUUUCGACGCUCUCGAAAUGGAUCUAUACAAGGCUCUGACGGCCAAGGAAACAGUCGUGAACAUUACGCUCAACGAAAUGUACAACAUGCAUCGACUGCUCAAGCAGCAUCUGGAUGAGCUGGUUCCCGAAAAGGACAACCAUCUCCGCUUGAUUGUGGAUGACAUGAGUGCGGCGCCCGAGCAAUUAUCCCGCAAGGACAACCGAACUGUCGCGCUCAGUCUAUUUAGCCGCUUUGAGCAAGACGCGACGAGUGAUGCUACCCAUCCGGCCCGACGUGGCAGCGAACAGUCGACUGCAAGCCAAAUCAAUCUCGCUUCAUUGAUGUACUUGGACUGCAAGUCGCUGCUUUUGCAAGUGCUGCGCCUGUAUCCGCCAGCAGCAGGAGUUCCUGUGGUGAAUGGAAUGCUCAUGUACGAUGCCAUCACCAAUCCCCCGACGCACGUCGACCUCAUUCUCGACGAGGCGCGCAAAUCGAACAAUCCGCAAGUGCACAAGCUCGUCGAGUUGUCCCGAGUACACUUGCUGACGCUGCGACAGCAAAAUGCGGUCGACUCGCACGUCAUGUGCUCGGAGGUGAUGACCAAGUUCAAGACCCUCAACAAGCUGCGCGAGCGCGUCGAGAAGGAACUCGAAAGCCUGUCCUCGGUCUUUGUGACCAUCUGCGACCACAACAACUAUUUGCUGCAGCAACUUGACGCCUACAAGGUGUACCUGCUCAACGUGCGCAGCCAGGCGGGCUCUGGCACGACGCUCAAGAGCUUGGACAAGUUGAACAAGAUGCAGCAGUCUGUGAAACGAGACAAGGCGAUGGGGCCGUUCAAGUUUACCCACACGCAGCUCGAAAAGGACGGGGUUAUCGUGGAGAGCGAUGUUCCAGAGAAUCGUCGUGCAAACAUUUACUUUAUGUUCUCCUCCCCAACGCCCGGCACGUUUGCCAUUUCGCUGUUCUACAAGGGCCGAGACAAGGCCAUCUUGAAGAUGAAUCUCAAGCUGGAUGAUCUUCUGGAAAAGCAACAUUGCAAUCAGCUUCAGCUCGAUCUCGAGUAUGUCCAGCUGAACGUCAACAAAACCAUCCAUCUGCUCAACAAGACCUUCCUUGGCGCCUAA